CCUUAAAAGGCCUCAUAAGGGGGAGGGUUAUCCACACUUAUAUAGAGAAGCUAGGAUCAUCACCAAGCCGAUGUGGGACAAGAUAUUAGAAUUUUAACACGGCCGUCGUUGAAAAAUUCAAGUGGCGCGCAUGGGUAAGCCUCUCUGUUGGCACGAGUGCAAACGAGAUGCUCGUGGAAGUGAUUAAACAGUUGGUGAAAAUCGAUGGGGAUAAUUCGUCGUUGGAGGAAAUGGACAACCGCAGUCUGGGACAGAUGCUUCGCCACCACAUGCGAGGAAUGCCGUAUUUCAUAGUGAUUGACAACCUGCUGCCACAAAUAAGCGUUGGGUGCUUCGAACAUCUUGAAGAUGAAGUUUUAUCAGGCCAUGGAAGCAGGUUGCUGUUAAUCAGUCGCUAUGAGAUUGUAUCAAAACACUUGUAUUAUACGCAUGAGAUGAAAGCUUUGGAUUCUGAUAAAAGCUGGCAAUUGUUUAUGAAAACAUUAUUUCGUAAUGAUGUGCCCAAAUUUUCAAAGGACUUGGAAUGGAAGGCGAGAGACAUGUUGAAAAAAUGUGGGGGUUUGCCGCUAGCUACAAUAGAUGUUGCCAGGCAGAAAGCAAAACAAAGACUUUCAGGGAUUGAAUGGGAACAACUUUUUGAUUCAAUUGAUUUGAGUGGAACAUUGAAGUCAUUGGAACCGAUGUAUCAUAAAUUGGAUGAAAAACUCAAGCCAUAUUUCUUGCACAUGUCCCUUUUUAAGGAAAAUGCAAUAAUGAGGGAAGAAAAGUUGGAACAUAUUUGGGCUGCAAGUGGAUUGAACACUCGAAGUGAAGAAGAUAUUGCUCAUAGUUUAUUUAGACACUCCAUUGUUGAAAUUGUGCACCCCCACCCACCACCAUCUAGAGUGAAAAGGUGUCGCAUCCAUCCUCUACUACACAUGCUAUCCAUUCAAAAGGCUGAGGAUGAAAUGGGCUUUGAGAUGUUAAGGAGCAAUGGAAAUAAUCGACCCUCGCAGAGCCCUCGUCAUCGUGUUAUCCACUGUGGUAGAGACAAGUUUAAUCAGUUCAUGACUCGAGACAAACAUCUUGUUUCUCUUAUCUUCCAUGGAGGUGGUCGCUACUUGGACGAUACUAGCCAGUCUUAUUGGAAGAGUUUUGAAGUCCUCAAGAUACUCGAUAUGGAUGAUUUUGGGGUGAAGAAGUUACCAGAAAGUACCAGCACAUUGAGUGAGUUAAAGUAUUUAGGAUUGAGAAACAAUUACAUACAAAAGAUCCCAGACUCAUUCGGGGGCUUGAAAGAGCUUGAGGUUCUCGACAUAGCUCUAAACUUUAUGGUGGAGGUGCCGGAUAUUGUCAAUGAAAUGGGUAGCCUUCAUCAUCUCCACAUGUCUAAUGUGAUCUGUCGGAAGCCAUUGCAAGUAGAUGCUCUAAAACAUCUUGAGACACUAACUUACAUCUCGAUUUAUGAUUGGACAUACGAGGUCUUUAGCUUGGAGGAGAAGAUGAUUUGUCUCCAGAAAUUGGGCAUUGAAGAAAUUGAUGGAAACGCGGAUGUAAGCAAGCUGUUUGCAUCACUUUGUAGGUUGAAGAGCCUUGAGGGUCUUACCUUGAGGGGGUUUCGCUUCAUGAGCAUGCCUUGUUUAGACGAGCUUUAUGUGAAUAGACUCCAUAGAGUGAAACUGGAUGGGCUCCUAGCUACGACAUUACCAAGAGCUUUAAGAGACUCUCUGCGUAUUAAAGAGUUGAAUUUGGUAAAUACAUGUCUUGAAGAAGACCCCAUGUGGUUACUAACGAAGCUAUUCUACCUAUGUCGCCUCAAACUACAGAAUGCAUACAUUGGUCGAGAAAUGUUGAUCGAGUUCCGGCAGUUUCAAAAUCUUAAGUUCUUGCGCAUCAGUGAGCUGUGGAAUCUAAGGAGUGUAUAUGUUACACAUAGUCACUUGUCAAAACUCAGCCAACUAGAAAUCAACAAUUGUCCACAUUUGGAGACUCUUCCAGAAGAAAUUGUGUGGAUGGAACAUCUGAGGAAGUUUGCAAUGGUAACAACCAAACACAUUGCAACAAAGAUCAGAAGUUCCAGCAUACUCUCCAAAAUAGUGGAAGUGGAUAUUAGUCCAUGAUUUCAAAUUGUAUUUAUUCUUGUUUGUUGGCAUUUGGAUUUUGGAUUGAAUAUACGUUUUCCUCUUUUCUUUCCCCCCUUGUUA